UGACUUUAUAAACUGUCAAUUUUUUUUAAAGUGCUGCUGUUGUGUUUUUCAUUUUUUCAUUUGUGCCCAACUGGUGAUCAGCAAGAUACCACAACAAUCCAGCUGCCUUUCUGGUUAUAUCCAAAAUAAAACCAAAGGGUCUGUCUGCACAGAGGUUUAACAACCCGAUUGUUCUCUGUGAGCAGCGUUUAUUCUUUUAGUUGCUUUGACCAGAAAGUGCAAGAACGCUCAUCUCUUGCGAUGUUUUUUCUGCUCGGAUUGGCCUAGAUUUAUUCAAAUUGUGUAAUUUCCUUCGGUUUCUCUGAUCUAUCGAGACUUCUUUUGCAGUGCGCUCCUAAACAAGAUUAGAAAGGUGCACAUCUAGGACCGAACCCCUUAGCGUUACAUAAACGGCCCGUGUUCAGUGGAAUAUAUUCUGAAAGCCGCCUUAAGAAGGUCUACUCCGAAGUAAGCCCCAUUUCAUCCAGUGGGGCUUACUCCCAGGAAAAGGUUUUGCAAGGAUGGCGACUCGCAGAAGUCCGAGAAGCCGACGCGGGAGGUCGAUAUGAGAACGAAAGCGAAGCGUGCGGGGCCCUCAAAAUGGCGGCGCUUGACGUCACCCUGGCCGCCUGAGAGGCUGACUGGAGUUUCAAAACAGGGAGGUGUCGGAAGCGGCUCCUUUCUGGCUUCUGGAGAGCGGGGGAAAGGCUGGAGCCGGCGCCGCCAUGGACUGCUUUGCCUGGACCAGCGGCCUCCUGGAGAUCAACGAGAACCUCGUCACGCAGCAGCGCGGGGUCCGCCUCUACGACGGGGAGGAGAAGGUGAAGUUUGAGGCUGGGGUAUUGCUACUGAGUACACACAGAUUGAUCUGGAGAGACCAGAAGAAUCAUGAAUGUUGUAUGGCUAUUCCACUUUCUCAGAUCAUCUUCAUUGAAGAACAAGCAGCCGGCAUAGGGAAAAGUGCCAAAAUAGUGGUCCAUCUUCAUCCAGCAUCUUCCAACAAAGAUCCUGGUCCUUUCCAGAACAGCAAAUAUUCUUAUAUAAAACUUUCAUUCAAAGAACAUGGCCAGAUAGAGUUCUACAGGCGGUUAUCAGAAGAAAUGACACAGCGAAGAUGGGAGACUAUGCCUGCUUCUCAGACUAUUCAGAUAAACAGAGGUCCGCAGGCUGGAAGGAUAAGAGCGGCAGGAAUAGUCGGUAUUGAGAGGAAAUUAGAAGAAAGAAGAAAGGAGAUGGAUAAAAACAUAUCUGAGGCUUUUGAAGACCUCAGCAAACUAAUGGAAAAGGCUAAAGAAAUGGUGGAGUUAUCCAAAUCGAUUGCUAAUAAGAUCAAAGAGAAGCAAGGUGACAUAACUGAAGAUGAGACCAUCAGGUUUAAAUCCUAUCUCCUGAGCAUGGGUAUAGCUAAUCCAGUUACUCGAGAAACGCAUGGAUCCGGCACACAUUACCAUAUGCAACUGGCAAAGCAGCUAGCUGGUAUUUUACAGGCACCGCUGGAGGAGCGGGGAGGAAUAAUGUCACUCACAGAAGUAUAUUGUUUGGUGAAUCGUGCUCGAGGCUUAGAGCUGCUUUCCCCUGAAGAUCUCGUAAAUGCAUGUAAGAUGCUAGAAGCUCUGAAACUGCCUAUCAGGCUUCGUAUCUUUGACAGUGGCGUCAUGGUGAUUGAGCUCCAGUCCCACAAUGAAGAGGAGAUGGUGGCUUCUGCCUUAGAGACGGUAUCUGAGAAGGGGUCCCUCACAGCAGAGGAGUUUGCAAAGCUUGUGGGAAUGUCUGUACUUCUAGCCAAAGAGAGGCUUCUUCUAGCAGAAAAGAUGGGUCAACUUUGCAGAGAUGAUUCUGUGGAAGGCUUGCGGUUCUAUCCAAAUUUAUUUCUGACACAAAGUUAGCCGUCAGUGCUUUCUGUCCUCUCCCUGCGAAUGCCAUUAUAAUGGUCUUGGGCAGUCUGAACAAAAGAAUGUAAAAAGAUGGACCUUUUUUUCUCAAAGACAAAGAGGAUUGUGAAUGAUCAAUCACAGUCAUGACUUCCUGCCUUGUUUGUGUCUUUGGGAGUAAAUUCACAUGGUGGUGGAGUUACUGGACAUACCUAAGCCCAGUGUUGUUUUUAUUUGUGGAGGAAGGAAAUGAUGUGAUUCAGGAAAGGAGGGGAAUUGUCACCAAGGUCUACUGCAGGAGCAGGAAAGAGGGCAAUGCACAUUAUUUCCUUACUGGGUUUUUUCCUCUAUUUCUGUGGAUUCUGUAUCUCCAAAACGGUGAUGUAUUCCAGACAGAGGUCCCUUGCACCAAUGUAACACAAAAUUACAGAGUGGUUAUUUUUCCCCACUUAGUACAAAAUUACUUCCCAUGUGAAGUACAAACUUCGAAGGACAAAUGUCCUUUAGAAGGAUUAAAUCUGUGUUUAUGAAAAAUGCAGAGAUUGUGUGUUGCUUUGUAUGGAAAAAAAAAGGAUCGUUGUGAAUGCUUGUGAAUUUCCUUCCUUCUAUUAUUUGAUUCUCAGCUAUUGUUGCUAUUUUUGUCCAUUCCUUUGCAUAGCUGUGAAAGAGGGCAGUUUGCCAUCUCCCUUUUAAAGCAGUACAAGUGGAUUGUUUUUCUCUCUUUUAUUAAAACAGUCAUUGAUUUGAGAACCCACCAUUGUGGCGGAGAGGCUUCUUUUAUGUGUGUGUGUAAGUUAUUGCUAUGUUUGUUUCUGCUUCUGAACAUGAAACAAAUGCUAAUUUUUUUCUUGUGAUGAGUUUUUUUUAAUAAUAUAAGAAGCCUCCUUGGUGGCCUUGAUUGGGCAAAAAAGCAUCAAACAAAUUUGGUGAAUAAAAGAAAUAAAGAAAUGUGAAUGUGCACCACCAGCAAUCCCAGAAUGGUGUAUUUGCUGUGUUCCUUUAAAAUACGGCUUGAACAAUUAGUUUGUCUAGAGAUUCAUGUAUGAAAAAUCUUAUUUACUUUUAUAAAUAUUGUUAACUGUUGUUCAGCUAAAAGUAUAAACUUUUUGACAAAAAAAGGUUAUUGAU